UAAAAAAAAAACAACAGCUGUUCAGGGUGCUGACAAAAAGAAGCAUGGUUCUGGAGCACUGGCAACUAGGGAAGACUGCUCUACAAUGUAUGGGUACCAUCUUGACCGACAAGCGAUGGACUGAUGUCAGCUUUAAAUGUCGAGAUCAGGAUCCAGAUGACAUUGAAGCUUGUAUACAUGCACAUAAAGUCAUCCUGGCAGCAAGGAGCCCUGUUUUUGAAGCAAUGUUCUAUGGUCCCUGCGCUAGUGAGACAUAUCCACUAAAGAUGGAAGAAAUAGACUCGGAGAUAUUUGAGUUAUUUCUCAUGUAUUUGUACACAGACAUGGCAAAUCUGACAGAAUCUACGGCUCCUCUUGUUUUGCAGAAUGCACACAUGUAUCAAGUAACAGGCCUCGUGGAAUACUGCUUCAAAUACAUGAUACAAAACAUUACUGUCAAUACAGCCUUAGAUCUACUUCAGAUGGCAUUAUUUUAUAAAGAAAAAACUUACGAGGAUAAAACACUGAAGUUUAUUGAUGACAAUGCUGAUAAGAUUUUAGGAUGCGACAGUUUUCUUACGCUUCCUCAGGAUUGUUUGUUUCUUAUUCUUAAAGGAAACACAUUUGACGCAAAUGAGAAAAAAAUAUUUGAAUUGGCUGUAAAAUGGGCGGAGGCUCAGUGUGAUAUCAAAAGUUUGCCAAAAGAUGGCAAAACUGUAAGGGAAAUGUUAAAAGAUGUGUUUUACCAGCUACGUGUGCCAAUAAUGUCUGUGAAGGAAUUUAGUGAAAGCACGUUUUUGAAAGGUUACUAUAAUUUUGAAGAGCAUGAGCGCAUCCUUAGUUACAUAGCAGGUGGUGGAGAUGCUAGUAUGCUACCCAAUAGUAACCAGUUGCGAUACCCAAGAAUUGACGAAGUUCAGUUAGUCGAAAAAAGAUUGGGCAAGUCAGAAGGGAAUUACCAGAUUGAAACUAAACUUUUUGGGUCAGUGGAGAAAACUUUGACAAUCCUUAGCUUUACGAUUGAUACAAGUAAGAUUGAAGUUCUCCCAGGAUGUCGAUACUGUACGUCAAGCUGCAGAAAUUGUUGCGGUGUAAAGCCUAAUAAACAUGUUGAAUUUGAAGGAAAAUUUGAAGUGUCAUACAAGGAGUUAAAGACAAGUGAAAAAUUUGUAAAAAUAGUGGAAUUUAAUGAAUAUAACAAUGAGUUUUCAGUCCAGUUGAGAAAUCCUGUUAAACUUGUAAAACAAGAAGGGCAGUUUGAUAUUGUACUACAAUUGAAAGUUGCUUCACAUAGGAUUAAGUAUCAUGAAUGGAAAAGACAUACAAUAUCUAAUAAUUUUGAAAACGGAUGCUCCAAAGCCUUGAACUUAUCAUAUGGUGAUACUUACGGGUCAGCGUUUAAUAUAUAUUCAAUUAAGUCGGUCAUUUUUCAGAAUGAUUCUGGUCGUAAUAAUUCUCAGGAAACUGUGAAAGAAGACGAAACUGAAGGCACAUCUCAGUCAACUGAUGGUAGUGCGACAUAAUACCUGGAUUGAUAGAGCUGAAUGAUGCAUUAGGUAGUUGAUAAAGUGUCUAUUUCCUAAAACUCGUGACCAGUUAUCACUGAAAUAGCCCUUUCCUUAUGGAUUGGGACAUGUUGUUUCAGAAAAAUUGGUGGAUUCAAGGUCACAAGUGGUCUCCCUUGUUACUGGCUUAUUAUCAGAAGGGAAUUAACUGGAGUAGUAAUGUUAAAUGAACGAAAAAUCAAGUUGUUUCCCUUUGUAAAUAUGAUUUAUCAAAUCUAAUAACAUAAAAUAUAUGUAUUUGUUAAAAAAUCAGAAAAAGGUAAAUAAUGUCAUUCUGACAGGAGCAUAGUAUUUAAAGGUGCCAAAUAAAGACAAAUAAAAAAACAUAAAUCUUAAAAAAAGACUACACAUUUUGAAAUAUACUACUAAACAUUACGAUUGCCAUGCAAUAUUCCCUUGAAGUCAAAGCAUGUGCAGAGAAACAAAUGAUUUAUUUUGUAUUUUCUUAGACUGACAUGGGUGGUCAUUUUGUCCUACUUUCCUGUUUAUGGCUUUUCUUUAAUCAUUUGGAAAAUAUCCGUUAAGACGCGCCACAAAAUAACUGUAUUCUUUUGUAUUUCCAUGAUGGUAAUUAUACAUGAUUUGAAUGAAAAAUAUGAGAUAUACAAGAUUUUAGUUUCAAAUUGACAGUGACAUAUAUUAGGCCAAGAGGAUGUGUUUAAUGUCUAAAAUUUUAUUGAAUGAAUGUAGCAGUAUGUAUAUAAAUCAGUGUAUUUAGGUAAAUUUCAAUCACAUUUUGUUUCUACAGUGUAAGAUAGUUAUUCAUCUAUAUUCUUAAAACUAUGCUGAAAAGAGAUUGACAGAAUAAGUUGAAUAAGCAGAUGAAGUUGUGAAAAUACAUUUAUUCGGGAAGGGCCUAAAUUGUCCACUUGAAAGCUUGUAGUAUAGCUGUAUAUUACCAGUAUUAUAAGAAUGAUUUUCAUGAAGUUUUUGUGAGUUACAAAAAUGUUGAAUUCAUAAACAUUACAUUACCGUUGGGGCAUAUAAUAUAUUUCGCUCCUGUCCCCUAUUGAUUUCCUACCUAUACAACUAUGCAUUGGGGGAGACAUGCGCUUUUGUACAAAAGCAUCUUCUAGUUUGAAUUUGAAGUUCCAGUGAUGAAUUUUUGCUUCUUCCUAUUUUGUUACUGCCGGGAUUUGUUUCCAUGUUCCUUCGGUUGUUUUUCUUUUUCUAGACAUCAGCGGAUUCAGUUAUGUUUUCGACAUGUUUUGUGUCAGUUUCUCGGGCAUUCUUAGGUUUGGUUUUUGAUGGAGUUGAGCUUCUCUUAGGGGUGGAAUGAGGUUCUUCCGUUGAACUAAAAUACAGAAGACUAGCAUCCUCUCUGCAGCUAUAUAUCUUUAUACUAAUGUUCUUAUCCUGAAAUUUUGCUAGCUCUCUUCUAAGUUUAUAUGCAGACCCAGAUCCCUAGUUUUAAGGUCAAGGUCACCUUUAGACAUUUUUGGUAUUUUUUUGUCUUGUCUGUAACAUUUUUAUGCAUGGUUGUAUAUGCAAAUAACUUGGCAUAAAUAUUCACCAUUACAAGACAUUGUGUCAUGUGCAAAGGUCAAGGUCACAGGCACCCAAGUUAACUUUCUUUUUAGCUCAUCUGAUUUUUUGAAAAAAAAUGAUGAGUUAUUGUCAUCACUUGAGCGGUUGUCGGCGUCGGCGUCGGCGUCGGCGUCGGCGUCUGCGUCGGCGUUGCCUGGUUAAGUUUUAUGUUUAGGUCAGCUUUUCUCCUAAACUAUCAAAGCUAUUGCUUUGAAACUUGGAAUACUUGUUCACCAUCAUAAGCUGACCCUGUAUAGCAAGAAACAUAACUCCAUCUUGCUUUUUGCAAGAUUUAUGGCCCCUUUUGUACUUAGAAAAUAUCAGAUUUCUUGGUUAAGUUUUAUGUUUAGGUCAACUUUUCUCCCAAACUGUCAAAGCUAUUGCUUUGAAACUUGGAAUACUUGUUCACCAUCAUAAGCUGACCCUGUACAGCAAGAAACAUAACUCCAUCUUGCUUUUUGCAAGAUUUAUUGCCCCUUUUGGACUUAGAAAAUCAGUUUUCUUGGUUAAGUUUUAUGUUUAGGUCAGCUUUUAUCCUAAACUAUCAAAGCUAUUGCUUUAAAACUUGCAGCACUUGUUCACCAUCAUAAGUUGACCCUGUACAGCAAGAAACAUAACUCCAUCCUGCUUUUUGCAAGAUUUAUGGCCCCUUUUGGACUUAGAAAAUAUCAGAUUUCUUGGUUAAGUUUUAUGUUUAGGUCAACUUUUUCUCUUAAACUAUCAAAGCUAUUGCUUUGAAACUUGCAACACUUGUUCACCAUCAUAAGCUGACCCUGUACAGCAAGCAGCGUAACUCCAUCCUGAUUUUUGCAAUAAUUAUUGCCCCUUUUGGACUUAGAAAAUCAUUUUCUUGGUUGAGUAUUAUGUUUAAGUCAACUUUUCUCAUAAACUAUCAAAGCUAUUGCUUUAAAACUUUCAACAGUUUUUCACCAUCAUAAGUGGACACUGUACAUCAAAAAACAUAACUCUAUCCUGCUUUUUGCAAGAAUGAUGGCCCUUUUUAGACUUAGAAAAUCACGGGUAGGACAAUAUUUCUAUCACACAAAAAAAAUCAGAUGAGCGUCAGCACCCGCAAGGCGGUGCUCUUGUUUUUUCAUGAAAUUACCUCCAAUACAUGUGUUUUUAUAUGAGUUUUCUCACUAAUUUAAAAAUGAAAUUAUGAUUGGUGUUGAUAGAUUUAAAAAACUGUUAACAAUUGUAGACCCAGGCGCAAGUUAUAACCUAAUGGUAUAUAUAGGUAAAUGCAGCAUUACUAUGGGUUAAUAUGUAGCAGGUUUUAUUUUUCGGCCGUUUUUUUAUAGCCGUUAUUUGGCUAUAUUCCCAGUGCCAAAAAUAUGUAUUUUUCCCAAAACUAGUGCAAAAAUUCCUAAUCUACAUUCUGAAAAAAGUUUCAUUAAAAUUGCACAAACAUUGACCAAAUUAUGGACAAUUUUGUAAUGGAAGUACAGUAAACCUCGCUUAUAAGGAACAGCUUGGGACCUCUAAAAAUUGUUCCUUAUAACCGAGGUUCCUUAUAUCCGUAUAGCAAACUAGUUCCUUGUAACCGAGGUUUGUAUAAUUAACACAAUUUGUAUAGCGAACACUAUUUGACUGAUGUUUGAUAAGGGCUGUGGGUUCACACUCCGGGCCGACCUUGAAUCCUCAUGUGAGAAAGUUUCAUUUCUAGUACCAGCCCUUUCCUGGAGAGAUGGUUGGGUAAACUAUCAGAAUUUAUAUGACUGAAAUAGUGUUGAAACGCGGCGUUAAACCCGAAACAAGCCAAAAUGUUCGUCGGUAAGAAUGAUUGUAAUUUUUGUCGGUUAUUUCUAUCUUCUUUUUAGAGACAUGAUAACUAUCAGAUAUGUUGCAGUUACUCCCCUUACCUUGCUUGACCACAUGUUAUGUGAAUAGACAUCAAUACUAAUAUAAAACAAAUGUUAAUUUUUUUAUUACAAAAAUAUUAAAUUAGACUACCCAUUAAAAUCUAAAAGUAGGGUGUUUAUGACUUACAGUGUAUUACGACUAGAAAACGGCACCAUACAUAUGGAUUAAAGUGUAAAUUAUACCUAUAUUUUGCUAUUGUCCAUUUUAGCACCUGCUAUAAUUUUUAUAAUUGGAAAUUUGGUAAACUGAACUGAUUGCCAUUGUUAAUCGUGUGUGAUUAGCACAUUUAUUUAGGAUAUGACUGUGACUGAAUUUCGUUCACUAUUGUUAACAUGAAAUAUCUAAUACAUGUAGCUCUCGGACAUAAUCUUGAGAAUAUAAGUCUACUAUUGUCUAGUAUUUGGUAAUUUGAUGAUAUUAUAUAUUUUCUUUUUAUCGUAUCCAUGAAUUAACAAACUAAAGAUCAUAGAAAUGAAAUAUUUGUGUUUAUUCAUGUUUAUAAAAGCGCGUGAAAGUGCCAAUGUUACUCUGACGUCAUCCGUGAUUCUGUUUAUUUUCGGUUUUCAGUAAUUUUUAUACUCUAUGUCUGUUCGCUAUGACCGAGGAGUUUUCCAUUGAAUUUUGUACUUUGGGACUGGACAAAGUGUUCCUUAUAACCGAGUAUUCCUUAUAACCGAGUUCCCUGUAACCGAGGAUUUUUACAUUGAAUAAAGAAGGAAUUAGAUUGGGGAAUUGAAAAUUGUCCUUACUAUAUCCUAUGGGACUAAAUUUUCCCAAUUUGGAACAUUUAUGCGUCAAAGUUCCCAAAUUUGGGGAUAUAGGCUCUGUUCCCAAAACAGCUUAGAAAAAACCCUGUGUAGUGCAGCUCUGCAUUGACAAACAGUAGAAAAUACAGAUAUUUAAACUUCAUAAUGCCUUCAUGAAUGACAUGCUUUAUAGUUAUGACUUACUUGCAUUGUUAGUAUCUUGCCCUAUUAUUUAGAAGAUGCAGUAUGUUUUGUGAAAAAUGGUGGAGGACGUUGGUAACUCUGUUACAAAUUCUUGUUUAGAUAUUUUUUAUUUAGAAUUGCUGUUAUUUUUGAUAAUGUUCAAGUUUAAGUUUCCAUGGCACAUACUUUUAGACUCUAUCAAAGCAAGAACAUUAAACUAAUAAGUUCUUGCUUGCAUUUUAAAGUUGUUUGGGAACAUGAUGAACAGUUCAGAUUUGAGAUAUUUUCAGUUUCUUUUAAAAUAUUUUCAUUGUAUUGUAGAUUGCUUAAUUUUCUCUUUUUAUAUGCAUGUUAAUAAUACAAAUGAUAUAACACAGUAUGCAAUGUCCCAUGUGUCUGUCCAUCUGCGCACCAUUUAACUUGUUGACUUUCAACUUGGCACUUAGAUAGGUGUCAAUGAGACAAUGUGCAGAGCACAUGCAUAAAAUCGGUUUUCGUUUUUUUCUUGGUUAUAUAUCGUGGCCAUGAAUUAGCAAAAAUUGUUUUUCGUUUUUUUCUUACUUAUAUUUCGUGGCCACGAAUUAGUAAAAAAAAAUGUUUUUUUUUCUUAGUUAUAUUUCGUGGCCACAAAUUAGCAAAAAAAAAAAGUUUUUUGUUUUGUUUUUUUCUUACUUAUAUUUCGUGGCAGUGUAUUAGCAAAAAAUUUUUUUAUUUUUUGUUGUUUUCUUAGAUAUAUUUCGUGGCCAUGAAUUGACAAAAAAAUCGUUUUUAGCUCGACUAUUCGAAGAAUAGUCUAGCUAUUCUACUCACCCUGGCGUCGGCGUCACACCUUGGUUAAGUUUUUGCAUGCAAGUACAUACAGCUAUCAUUUAAAGGCAUAUAGCUUUGAAACUUAUUUAUUCUUUUUCUAGGUCAAUUACCAACCUCACUGGGUCAUGUUCCAUAACUCUAACAUGUAUUUUGAGCAAAUUAUGCCCCCUUUUUGGACUUAGAAAAUUCUAGUUAAAGUUUUACAUGCAAGUUACUAUCUCCAAAACUAAUGCAGAUAUUGAAUUGAAACUUCACAUGUGUCUUCGGGGUUAUAAAACUAGUUGAUAGCACCAAGUCUCAUAACUCUGACCUUCAUUUUGGCCAAAGUAUGCCCCCUUUUGUACAUAGAAAAUUUUGGUUAAAGUUUUGCGUGCAAGUACAUACAACUAUUACUAAAAGGCAUAUAGAUUUGAAACUUAUUUUUUCUUUUUCUAGAUCAAUUACCUACCUCACUGGGUCAAGUCCCUUAACUCUGACAUGUAUUUUGGCCAAAUUAUGCACCCUUUUGGACUUAGAAAAUUCUGGUUAAAGUUUUGCUUGCAAGUACAUACAGCUAUUACUAUAAAGCAUAUUGAUUUGAAACUUAUUUUUUCUUUUUCUAGAUCAAUUAACUACCUCAUUGGGUCAAGUCCCAUAACUCUGACAUGUAUUUUGAGCAAAUUAUGCCCCCUUUUGGACUUAGAAAAUCCUGGUUGAAGUUUUACAUGCAAGUUACUAUCUCCAAAACUAAUGCAGAUAUUAAAUUGAAACGUCACAUGUGUCUUCGGGGUUAUAAAACUAGUUGAUAGAAUCAAGUCCCAUAACUCUGACAUGUAUUUUGGGCAAAUUAUGCCCCCUUUUGGACUUAGAAAAUCCUGGUUAAAGUUUUGCGUGGAAGUACAUACAGCUAUUACCAAAAGGCAUAUAGCUUUGAAACUUAUUUAUUCUUUUUCUAGGUCAGUUACCAACCUCACUGGGUCAAGUUCCAUAACUCUUAACAUGUAUUUUGAACAAAUUAUGCCCCCUUUUGGACUUAGAAAAUUCUGGUUAAAGUUUUACAUGCAAGAUACUAUCUCCAAAACUAAUGCAGAUAUGGAAUUGAAACUUAACAUGUUUCUUCGGGGUUAUUAAACUAGUUGAUAGCAUCAAGUCCCAUAACUCUGAUAUGCAUUUUGGUCAAAUUAUGUCCCGUUUCGAACUUAAAACUCUUUCGAUAUUUAACAUUUUGGGUAAUAAUUUCCUGCUUCUGUGACAAUAUUUCGAAUAGUCGAGCUUGGCUGUCUUAUGGACAGCUCUUGUUUGUUUUUUUCUUAGUUUUAUUUCAUUGCCACGAAUUAAGAAAUUGUUUUUUGUUUUUUUCUUAGUUUUAUCUCGUGGCCACGAGAUAACACUUUGUUUUUCGUUUUUUUCUUAGUUAUAACUCAUGGCCACGACAUAAAUUAAAAUAAAAAAAUCUGAUGUCCCCUCCAUGCUUCCGUAUAAGUCAGCAUGACUUUUUAAAACUUCCAGAUUUUAGAUUCAUUAGUGCAUUUGAACGUGCUCGUACAAUGAUGAAGUCACAGCGACUCUGAUAUUUGUAGAAAGUAUAUUUUAUUUACCGGUACGUACAAACAAACUGGUCGUGUCCUCAACGAAAAGCAGUUAAUAUGGUAUCAUUAUAUUCAGAUAUGAUUUUACAAGCCUUGUAAAAUCAUAUCUGAAUAUUACAUAGUGUAAUAGGUAGUGUAAACAAGUAUCAGAGCCACUUUCACUAAAGUUAUAGGCAACCCUUGCUUUUCACAAGAUAAUUUGACGCAUCAAUUUUUCUCUAACUGAAUUUAUCUUUUUUAUAGAAAAAGUAGCACAUGCCAAUUGUAAAAAAAAUAUAGCUCGCUCGCUUAUAUCAAUAGUGAAAGUGCAGAUCUAUUGAUCAUGGGCUUUGAGUUUGAACCCCCUGACUAUUUUACAAUGUGCCUGUAAGAGGACUUUAUAGUUAGUUGCUGAGAACAAGUUAGUACUGGUGCUGAAUCCAGAAGUACUUGUUAAAACGGCACUAAAUAAAAAACAAGCAAAAUAAAAAUAAGAAAAUAUUCAAUAUCUUUUAUACAAAUGAUGUAUAGAUAUAAAGAUGAGAUAAUUGAAUUGUAUCUCGUAAGUGGACAUAACUACUAUCCAGAUACAUUCAACACUGCGCAAAACUGUUAAUGCAACACAGAGCUAUCUCCUUAGCGACAUGACUAUCUCCUUCAGGACAAAGCUAUCUCUCACAAUAAAAAGUGAAUAAUUUUACUCCCGAACCAUUUUCGGUACAUAUUUUAUUUCCAAAUGCAUUGUUUAUUUUACAGCUAUCUCACGCCUACUUCGUUUGCUUCAGAAUAUUAGUUAAAAUGACAAUGAAAGUGCUUUCAUGACGAAAUUGCCGAAUUUACUGCUAAAUCAGCUUGUUGGUAAACAUCACCACGACCACAAAUUAAGAAUGAAUUAGCAAACUUAAAGUUCUCUGUAAAGUUAAAUCAUAUCUGUACCGCCUACCAUUCCCCGAUUUUUGAUAUUCGAUACACUGCUUGUAAAAAUGCAAAAACUAUGAUGACACUAACCUUUGUUUGAUGUUCUUUUAUUUAGAGGUAGCUCUGUAGUUUACCAGGCAAGGAUUUACAACUUUGAUUUAUGUUGUCUUGUUUUGCAGUGUUCUUAUUUCAUUGUGAUAAUAACCUUAGAAUUUGUAGUGAUUCUGUGAAUCAUUAAUAUUCGAGGGGGACUAAUUUUCGUGGAUUUCGUGGUUGAGUCAUUCCAUGAAAUUUAUUCCCAACGAACAAGUAAAAUUCCCAUUCAUUCUAUGUUCAAAAGUUGAAAUCCACAAAUUUAUAUCCCCAGGAAAAUGCCAUCUCGACCAAAACCACGAAAUGUAAUGCCCACAAAAUUAAAUUAUUUUACAGGAAGUUGUUAGCGAGCAUAUCAACAAUAAUGAUCUGUAAUUUUGCUUAAAUUUAUAUUAUUCAUUGUAUUUACUCUUGUUUUAUAUGUAUGAUAGUUAUAUGUUACAUUUACUUAAAAUGCUGAUUUAAUUUUGUGUUCUUUAACCCUUAGUAUGCUAGAUAAAUUGUCGUCUGCUGGAAAUGUCAUCUGCUCAAAUAGUAAAGUUCAUUCAGUUUGCUCCAAAAUUGGAAGAAAUAUUGUCAGAGUAGCAAACAGCUUGGAACCUGAUCAGACGCCGAUUUAAUCGGCGUCUGAUCUGGUUCCAAGCUGUUUGCAAAGGCUGUUAAAUUCGCCUGCAGCAGGCUAAGGGUUAAUUGAUUGAGUAAAUAUUAUUUAAAAAAAUUUACAUUAAUUUUAGCAACCUAGACUAAAAUUAAGCAUUUACAUAAUAUUUAUUUAUUGUUCUUGUGCCCCCCAAAUAUUUGGGACUGGCACUAAGUCUUAAGAGUUGCUCUUGUCCUUCUGUUCAUUUGAAUUUGUGUGGUGCAUAUCUCAAAAAGUGUUUGACUCCGUGUCAUCAAACCUCACAUGAUUGUUAUUCAGCAUUUGAAGUUGUACACAGCUAGACCAGAGUUAUGGCCCAUGAAUCUAUCAGAAGUAUUCAUAAAAAGGGCCUAAAAGUUUGUGUAGCAUGUAUCUCGAGAGUAUUUGACCUAUGAUUAUGUAACAUUUCAGGAAUAUUAUUUGGUAUGUAAAGUUGUGCACUUGGGGUUUUGUUAGAGAUUACAUUCAGCCAGUUUAGAGUUACGACUCUUUACUUAGUCAAAAAUAUGCAUAAAAGAGCAUAAUACUUGGUAGUUUGUGUCACACGUAUUUUACCUAGGGUUGUGAAACAUGAUAGGAAUAUUAAUCAGAAUGCAAAGUUGUGCAUCUGAUUUGUUUUUAGCUCAUCUGAUUUUUUGAAAAAAAAUGAUGAGUUAUUGUCAUCACUUGAGCGGUUGUCGGCGUCGGCGUCUGUGUUGCCUGGCUAAGUUUUAUGUUUAGGUCAGCUUUUCUCCUAAACUAUCAAAGCUAUUGCUUUAAAACUUGGAAUACUUGUUCACCAUCAUAAGCUGACCCUGUAUAGCAAGAAACAUAACUCCAUCUUGCUUUUUGCAAGAUUUAUGGCCCCUUUUGUACUUAGAAAAUAUCAGAUUUCUUGGUUAAGUUUUAUGUUUAGGUCAACUUUUCUCCAAAACUAUCAAAGCUGUUGCUUUGAAACUUGGAAUACUUGUUCACCAUCAUAAGCAGACCCUGUACAUCAAGAAACAUAACUCCAUCUUGCUUUUUGCAAGAAUUAUUGCCCCUUUUGGACUUAGAAAAUCAGUUUUCUUGGUUAAGUUUUAUGUUUAGGUCAGCUUUUAUCCUAAACUAUCAAAGCUAUUGCUUUAAAACUUGCAACACUUGUUCACCAUCAUAAGCUGACCCUGUACAGCAAGAAACAUAACUCCAUCCUGCUUUUUGCAAGACUUAUGGCCCCUUUUAGACUUAGAUAAUAUCAGAUUUCUUGGUUAAGUUUUAUGUUUAGGUCAACUUUUUCUCUUAAACUAUCAAAGCUAUUGCUUUGAAACUUGCAACACUUGUUCACCAUCAUAAGCUGACCCUGUACAGCAAGCAACAUAACUCCAUCCUGCUUUUUGCAAUAAUUAUUGCCCCUUUUGGACUUAGAAAAUCAUUUUCUUGGUUGAGUAUUAUGUUUAAGUCAACUUUUCUCAUAAACUAUCAAAGCUAUUGCUUUAAAACUUGCAACAGUUUUUCACCAUCAUAAGUGGACACUGUACAUCAAGAAACAUAACUCUAUCCUGCUUUUUGCAAAAAUGAUGGCCCUUUUUAAGCUUAGAAAAUCAUGGGUAGGACAAUAUUUCUAUUAUACAAAAAAAAUCAGAUGAGCGUCAGCACCUGCAAGGCGGUGCUCUUGUUAUUUUGUCUGUUAGACCAGAGUUAUGGUCCUUGAUUAAGUGAAAAAUAUGCAUAAAGGGCAUAUAAGUUUUUAUUAUGCCUCUCUUUUGCCUACAUUGAUAAUAUUCCAUUACCCGGGAAAGAGAUAUUUCGACUGUCAAAAACAUUUUCAACCUUUUUGACACGUGGCCAAGCGUAAGUGACUGUCAGGUCAUGUGACCGUGCUGAUAUUUUGAAUGUCAUAUAAGGGCAAUUAACUGCUUCAAUUUUUUAGCCGUAUGAUUGCCUUGCUUGUACACUUACAGUAGUGACGUCACUAUUCAAUGUGUACACAGGUGAUUACCGCACUAAAGAUGAAACUGUUACAUUAAAUAACUUAAAAAAAUUUUAAACAUUUUUAUGUACUAAAUUUUGUUUGGUAUCAUAAAAUGAAUAUCAUAUGGCAGUGUGUGUGACAUUGACAUUGUCAUACACACUGCCAUAUGAUAUCUAUAUAGUGUCACAGCAUGUUAGGUUGUGCCUGGUGUUCUAUUAUGGAUUUAAUUGAACUAGACUAGAGUUAUCGUCAUUGACUGUGAAAAAUACACAUGAAGUGCUAGAAAGUUACUUAGUGUUGUAAAAUAUUAUUUAAAAAAUAUUUCUCCUUGUCACGAAACCAUGUAAGAAUAUUAUUCAGUAUGUGAAUUUGUGGACUUUAGUUUUAUGUUUGUUUUACAGAUCACUCAGCAAGAGCAGAGUUAUGGCCCUUGACUUAGUCAAAAAUAUACAUUAAGGGCAUGAUGAAUUGUGUUCCAUGUACGAACAUCCUGAAAUCUCGUGUAUAUAUCUAGCCUGAUUUGCUUCAAACUUUCACAGAUGAACAAUCUUGAUGUACAGAUGACCAUUAAAGAAGGAAUUUUUUCUGUGGCUAUUUUUAUCACAAAUUAUGGCCCUUUGAUAGUUUUGCUAUAUAGAAUAUAGAGAAAAAACUUGUAUGUCCAACUUCUCCCACACUGUUAGCCUGAUUUGCUUCAAACUUUCACUGAUGAACAAGCUUGAUGUGCAGAUGACCUUAAAUGAAGGAUUUUUUCUGUGAUUAUUUUUACCCCAGUUAUGGUCCUUUGAUAGUUUUGCUAUAAAGAAUAUAGAGAAAAAUUUUGUGUGUCCAACUCCUCAUCAGAGAUGGAGGUCCUUCAUUCAGUUAAGAUGACCAUAAAUAAUUGACUUUUUUCUGUAGCUAUUUUUUCUAGAAUUAUAACCCUUCCUUAAUUUCACAAAAUAGGCCAUAGUGAAGAAAUUUGGUGUGUUCAAUUCCUCAUACACAUUUUGAAGGAAUGGAUUCAAAGUUGCUCAGAUGCACAACCUUAUCUGAAUACAAUUUUCUUCAAACCUUUAGUGGAACAUCCUUCAUUAUGAAGAUGGUCUUUAAUAAAAACUUUGUUAUUUAAAGGAUGGCACACUUUGUAGGGGCGUCCGUGUCCAGUGGACACAAUUCUAGUUUAAACAUCUACCAGUUGACACACAAAACUUGUUUAGUAGCAUCCUUGCAUGGGUCUCUCGCAAGUUUGUUCAGCUUGCCGUCUUUGAGCCAGAGCUAUAUUGGACUUGCCUAUGAGUCUGCGUCAGCGUCCAUAUUUGGUUAACUUUUUGUAUGUCAGCUCAGUAACCAGUUGUGGGAAUGGAUUGAAACUUUGCGCGUGUUCACUAUGAUGAACUGACUUAAAUUGCACUGCUGAAGUUCAAUAACUCUAGUUUGCUUUUUCAUAAAAUUAUGCCCCUUUUCCAUCUCUGCAAUUUUUGGUAAAAUUUUUGUAAGCUGAUAUCUCAGUACCCACUAAUGAGAAUACACACUUUUUUCACUGUGAUGAUCAGGCGUGCAAUGCACAUGUUCCGUACUGUGUGCCGUCUACUCAUACUUUCAAUUUGAGCUGUUGCUAAGCAUAUUGUUGGUAAUGUAACAUCAAAAGUGCGUAAUAUCCUUAGAUUUAUAAAAAGGAAUGUAGAUCUACUACAUACUAGUAACAAAAGUACAAAAGAAAAAGCAUACUAGACCUGUGUGAGACCUGACUUUUGGAAUACAGUAGCACAGUAUGGCACUCAUGGCAAAAUCUCUUUACACAUGAUAAUAUAGAAAGAGCUGCAGAUAAUCUAUAUGUCAUGAAUGACUACUCAUACCAGGGUAGUGAUACAUCAUUGGCCGACUUAGAACACCCUAGAAUAAAUGCUUCAUUGACCAUGCUGUACAUGAUCUCUAAUAGCAUUGUCAUGGUAGACCAUAACCACCAAACAACAUUCUCAUGAACACAGUCUCACAUCAACUCUUUCUUCCCUUGCACAAUCAGAUAUUGGAACGAACUCCCAUACAACAUCAAGGCUAGUGCAAGCUUUCAGUGCUUAACUAACAGCCUAGCUGUUUUAACAUGUUCUUGUCCUUAUUUUAACUAUAUUUAACACCCUUGUCUCAUAGUAAGAUUUUACUAAUGACCCCUCAACCUUCCAGCAACAACUUCCAGUUAUGCUGGAAGAAACACAGUUGAAGUAGUAUUUCAAAUGAUCUCUUCAGAUUGUUCAGCAUUUUUUGUCAGCUGGAACAUUUCUGUUUGGGCGGCUUAUAAUUUACAUUUGAGUAUUGUUUAAUCAUCCAUAAUUGGAAAUAGUGCCUGCUUUUUAAUUGGCAAUUUCUGUGAUAUGCAGGCUCUAUAACCUCAGACCAUCUCUAUAAAUUGCAUUUCAUUACCAUCCAUUCACGGGCUUCAAACCAAGCCUGCAGACUUUAGUUUGUACGUUGCAAGACUUAGUACGGAAUACCACCAUGGACGCCGACCUCUUCAUUUCCGACCACACACACACGCACGCACGCACACUACAGACACACGGACAGGGGAGCACAAAAGCAUUUUUAGACAAAUUUUGAGUCAGUUAUAAUCUUUUUUCUAUGGAAAUUUCCAGAGAAGGUAAUGAAUCAGUACGUUAAACAUAUUUUCCCGUGAAGGGCCCCGCAUAGUUUAUUUAUAGAGUAGUCCCGGUUGAAAUAGUGGUGCAGUUAGGUGACUACCGUGAGAAAGAUUUGAUACACUGUAGGGUUAAACUUAAUGUAUUGAUUAAAUACAUACUUUGCUUAAAUAGAUAGAGUUAUUCAAGUCAGUAAGAAAACUCGGACCUAUCUAUCUAAUAUAUUGCUUAAUAAAUUCCAUGUUAACCUUGAA